AUGGGGGAAGAAUUGCAGGUGUUUGGUAGCCAUGUGAGUCCCUUUAGUCGGCGAGUGGAGUUGGCUCUCCAACUCAAAGCCAUACCAUACCAAUAUAUUGAGGAAGACAUACCCAAAAAGAGCCAUUUGCUUCUCAAAUACAACCCACUUUACAAGAAGGUGCCCGUCCUCGUCCACAAUGGAAUACCCCUUGUAGAGUCUCUUAUCAUCCUCGAAUAUAUCGAUGAAAAUUGGAAAACUAACCCUAUAUUGCCCCAACAUCCUCGUGAAAGAGCUCGAGAAAGGUUUCUCGCCAAGUAUAUCGAUGACAAGGUGUUUCGUUCGUGGAUCAAAGCCGCUAGAAGCGGAAGAGAAGGGAGAGAGAAGGCUGUAGAGGAAGCAUGCAAAGCAUUGGAACCACUUGAAAAUGAGCUUAAAAGCAACAAGUUCUUCGGAGGAGACAGCAUUGGGUUGGUGGACAUCGUUGGCAUCUUCGUAGGCUACUGGAUUCCUGUCAUGCAACAGGCUCUCGGGUUUCAGAUUCUGACCACCCACAGGUUUCCAAAGCUAACCAAAUGGAGCCAAGAGCUUUUGAAGCAUAGCGUUGUGAACCAGGCUCUGCCUCCAAAACAUGAUCUUUCUUCUUAUAUUCAAGCUCGUUAUCCACACAACCUCGGCUCUAAGCUGUGA